AUGGUUAAAGAAGUUUUUAUUGGUGUUGAUGGUGGUGGUACAAAAACAUUAACAUUAGCAGUUAAUAACGAAGGUAAAGAGUUAUCAAGACACGUUUCGCCAUGCAGCAAUUAUCACAGUGUUGGCGAAGAUUUAGCAAAAGCAUCCAUUUACGAAGGAAUUAGAUUCGUAUUAAAUCAAAUUAAAAGAGAAAAUGAGGAUAAAGAAGAAGAUGUUCAAGUUAAAUCAAUUUGUUUAGGUAUGAGUGGAGUAGAUAGAGAAGAAGAUAAAAAAAUGGUUAUUGGAUGGAUAUCAGAGUUACUUGGUCCAAAUGUACCAUGCAAGAUUUAUAAUGAUGCUAUCAUUGCUUUAGCAAGUGGUACCGAUGGUCACUUAUUUGGUAUUGUUGUUAUUUGUGGUACUGGUUGUAUUUCAUUAGGUUUUAAUAAAGAUGGCCAAACUACUAGAAGUGCUGGUUGGGGACCAUUAUUGGGUGAUUAUGGAAGUGGUUAUCAAAUUGGUUACGAUAUUUUAAGACAUGUUUUAAGAGCUAAAGAUGAAACUGGUCCAAAAACCUCUUUAACUAAAGUUUUAUUAGAAAGAUUAAAUUUAACAAAAGAAGAUAGUUUAAUUUCUUGGGCUUACGAUCCAAAGAAUCAAAAUUGGCAAAAGUUUGCUCAACUUUCAACAUUAGCAUUCGAACAAGCCAACGCCGGUGAUGAAAUUGCAAUUUUAAUUUUAAAUGACGCUGCCAAUGCACUUUUUGAAUACAUUAGCAGUAUUGUAAAGAAAUUAAAUUUAGCAAAUGAACCAUUCCCAUUAAUAUUUGCUGGUGGUAACAUUGAACGUAAAUCUAUGUUCUCUGAUUUAUUAAUAGAAAAAAUUAAAGCUGCCUACCCAAAUGCUGACAUUAAAAUUCCAAAUCGUGAACCUGUUUUCGGUGCUGCCUUAUUAGCUUUAAACAAUAACUAAAAAAGAAAAAUUAUAAUAACCAAAAAACAAAAAAAAAAUAUAAAAAACAAAAAAAAGCUAUUGCCAAAAUAAAUAUAUAUUAUAUUUAAUAUUUUU